AUGGGAAGAAAUAAAAAUUUAAGCGCUCAAACCAUGUGGGAAAUACAACAGAUUCUUCGAGAAAAUCAUGUGUUUUACCCUAAAUAUCGACAAGCCCAUGAAAUUUUUUCUCAAGCCCGUGAGAAAGGAGCGUCUGAAACCGAUUUAACUGUUCGCCUUCAUUUUAAUGCAGCUACUGAUCGACAUCAUUACAAUCUUCCCGCUUCAAACAAAAUAGCCCUUAUUUUGCCCGGUGAUGGAUCUGCACCAGAGGGAUCUCGAGACAUUAUACUUCGUUUACGUGGAGGUCCACUUGAAUGCAUUCACGAAGGCAAUCUGGCUUAUUUACCACUACACUAUGUGCUUUUUUUUUCAUAUGGUGAGCUUGGGUGGCAAGAUGAAUUGCGUCAAGUUGUAGUCGAUGAUAAUGGAAGAACGAUUGAAGAUCAGAGUAAUGCACCAUGCCUUACACAGAUGGACUUCUACUCAUUUCGUCUUUUUUCAAGACAUACGGAGUUUUCAUCUAUUCUUCAUGGUGGAAAGUUGUUACAGGAAUUUAUGGUAGAUGCUUGGGCAGUAACUGAACAAAAUCGGUUAAGAUUUUUGUGUAUAAACCAAGGCGUUUUGAGGGCAGACAUAUAUCAGGGCCUUAUGGAUGCAAUAGGGGCUAUUGCAAAUACAGAAAUAAAUUUAGCUAAUCUUGGCCGUCAUAUAAUUCUCCCUUUAUCACAUAUUGGAAGUGCCCGUCAUAU